CGGCGGAGCGACGUGGGAACCCGGCUCAUGAAGUUCACCUGCUCGCUCCCCACCGGCGGCCGCACGACAGGUGACACGGUCCGCGGACUCACGCGUGGGCAUCAGAAGUUUGUUCUGCAUCAUGUGAGAAGAGCUGGAGAGACGCUGCUGCUCUGAGCAACAGGAGCCAAAGACAGACCCCGCAUCUGUGUUUGAUUCUUACUUAAGACACGCGGGAUCGGAGCAGUUGAGAAACGGACACUCGGUGACAGAACAUGAAUGGACAACGGAACAAGUAUGAAAUUGUGAAUGAAACGUGACUCAUUGAGACUAAAUGUUAACCAGCAGCCACUUCCAGGCCAUUUCCAAGUUGCUACUCUUCACUGCUAUUAUCCUGGUUUUAUAACCACGACGUCGUCUGACAGAAUCACCAGAGACAUAAGUUAAAGACAACGGCUGUGCUAUGAUUUCAGACUGAUCUUUGACCCUCGAGAGAACACUGUCUCCCUAGGAGUGAUUCCAGGGAGGGAGCAACCAGCCCCGGUCCAGGGGUAGAAAUGGAGAGCUACCCAGGGUGGAGCACCACUGGACCCAACAUCACAAACUGCACCGGUCUACCUGCCAGCAGCCUGCGGGCGGUCCAUUUCACAGACAGGAUGGCAGCUGUGGUGGUUGUACUCGGCCUCAUCACCCUCCUCACUGCGCUCAUCAAUGGCGCUGUCAUCAUCGCCAUCUGCACCACCAAGAAGCUCCACUUGCCUGCCAACUACCUCAUCUGUUCUCUGGCUGUCACAGACUUCCUGGUGGCACUCCUCGUGAUGCCCAUCAGCAUCCUCUACAUCACAACGAAGACGUGGUCCCUGGGUCAGGUUGUGUGCGAGAUGUGGUUGAGUGUGGACAUGACCUGCUGCACCUGCUCCAUCCUGCACCUGUGCGUUAUAGCCCUGGACCGGUACUGGGCCAUUACCAAAGCAAUUGAGUACGCCCGCAAGAGGUCACCCCGUCGCGCUGCCAUCAUGGUGGGAAUAGUCUGGGUCAUCUCAGUUUUCAUAUCCAUGCCACCCUUAUUCUGGAGGCAGAGGCCCAGCACUGGUAACCUCCAACAGUGCAUCAUAGAGCAUGACCACCUGGGCUACACUAUAUACUCUACGUUCGGGGCAUUUUACAUCCCCAUGAUCGUCAUUCUUAUCUUAUACUACAGGAUUUACAACGCUGCCAAGACACUUUACCAGAAACGUGGCUCUUCUCGGCACCUCAGCAGUCGCAGCAUGGGCAGUCAGAACUCUGUAGACCAUUGCCGUGUCUCCCACACAUUUUGUGUGUCAGAUUCGUCGAAUUCGGAUCCCACGCUGGCUACUGAUAAACUCAACACCACCAUCCGCAUCCCAUCAUUUGAAACGGACAUGGACGGGCAGGAUGAGAAGAACCAGAUAUGUACCUCACGUGAGAGGAAAGCAGCACGAAUCCUCGGCCUCAUCCUUGGAGCUUUCAUAAUCUGCUGGCUGCCUUUCUUUUUAAAGGAGCUUCUGGUGGGUCUGCAAGUUUUACAGCCUUCUCAGCUUAUCUCGGACUUCCUGACCUGGCUGGGGUAUAUCAAUUCUCUCAUCAAUCCCCUGCUGUACACCAGCUUUAAUGAUGAUUUCAAGCUGGCUUUUAAAAAGCUACUCAAGAGAAAAGAGCAUGCAUAGGACUGAGGUUAAAAACACCAAAUGGAAUAUAUAUAUAUACUUUAAUUUUAUUCGCAGCUAUCUACUGGCAAUAUGCAGUGUUCUGUUGUGCUCCACUAGAAAAAAAGUUUCAUCUCAACAAACGGUUGAAUUUUUUAAAUAAAAGAAUUCUUUAUAACUA